AUGGAUUCGGACGACGAGCCAAUAGCGUUAUCGGCUCAUGCAUUAGCAGCGUUGCAAGAGUUCAAAACAGAGGAGAAGCAACGGAUAGAGAAGUUUGAAUCUCUCUAUCGGGCAUCAGAAGAACGCUUCGAUGAGCAACGAGACGCACAAAGCCAAGUCACGAUCGAUGAUUUCAAAGAGGACUGGCAACUUUCGCAGUUUUGGUACGCUGAUGAAACAGCGAGGACCUUGGCGUUGGCGUUGCUAGAAGGUGCCGACGAGGACACCGUGGUGGUGAUUGCGUCGGCUCCCUCCGUUUAUGCUGCCAUUAAGCAGUUGCCUGCAAACAAGGUACCGACACGUCAGAUCUACUUGUUGGAGUAUGAUCCCAGGUUCAGGAUUCUUGCUGGCAAUGACCAUUUUGCGGUGUACGACUAUCAAAAACCAUAUGAUGUGCCGCUGCAUCUCAAGCACAAGUGUCAUCGACUCCUUAUUGAUCCUCCCUUUUUGGAAGAAGAGUGCCAGACCAAGAGUGCGCAAGCUGCUCAGAAUUUGCUCGUUGCCGAAUCUCUUUGGCAAGAAAAGACAAAAUCGGGCGAUUCUAAAUUCAAAUUGGUCUCGUCUACUGGGGAGCGAAUGAAGGAUGUGGUUUUGAAAAGUUACCCUGGGAUUCAAGUGACGGACUUCUUGCCUGAGCAUAAAAACGGCUUGAGUAAUGAGUUUCGAUGCUAUGCCAAUUUCGAAGGAUCAUACUGGAAAUUCAACACAACUGAUUCUCAUCAAAAAGUAUAG